GCCGAUGAAGAAGCAGAAAGUUGCCAGCAACGAAGCAAAAACCACGAAGGAGGCGGAAGCCGACGGAAGCUUCUUCGCUUGGCGCGACACCUCACUCAAUGGGGGCCCCAUUGUGAACGAGGAAGCUUUGAGCAUGCCGGCAUUGAAAAAAGUUGUUAUGAAAGGAAAAAGUGCACUCACACUCAGGGAAUUGGCUAAGAUUCAAGUGGUAAAGUCGCCACUUUUCGGAGUGUGAGCGCGCUUUUCCCUUUCAUAGUUGUCUCUGGAAAUUUACAGGCGGGAAAGAACGUGGUGGUGCUUGUACCGAAUGACGACAAAGCUACGAGCUACGACGCCGAACUUCUGAAACAAAACCCCCAGGCAAAGGAGGACUUGUUCUGCGACCUACAGCUUUUGGUUGUGAAGAUGAACGGAGGUUCUACUUCUUCGAUGAAAAGGAAAACGCCUUCCGAGAGCACGCUGCAAAAAUAUUUUGUUUUCGAG